AUGGUGACGAUUGACUUCUGGGUGGAAUUAUCCAUGGCCAUUUAAGUGGUAGUGCGGUGUAGUGUAGCUUAGGAACAUUGACGUAAAGGUGAGGAGAUGGGCCAUGUUUGAUGAGGCGCCUCGAGUACGAUCGCCGACCACACAGUGGUGGCCAAUUGUUCGCCCCUGCCCCUGAUUUUGGUACACUGCCAAUAUCACGUAUUCAAGUUAGGAAGUCUGCCAAGCCCAGUACUACUGGGAAAAUCCUGGUAUAACGCGGGCACUUAUGUAGAUAUUCUAAAUAGAGGAGUAUUGUAGGUCGUCGACCAUGCUGCUCCUAUUUUAGUAUUCUGCUAACUACCUACCACCGACACCGUGUUUUGGGUACAAUCGUUCAUGCUGGAGUUAUCACAUAGAAUAUAGAAGGAGUUAUCUCAUUGGUUUAUCCCUUGUAAAUAUCUAUAUCGUUCCCGAGCCGCCUCUCGACCUCAUUCAUAUCACCAAGCGACACUUCUCCUCUGCUUAGGGGUCGCCUUAGCCGGGGCUAAUCGUAUUAAUCAAUAGAGGACGCUUUUGUAAAGUAACGGUUAGCUCUCUCCGCGUUAUUAUUCGGAGUCACCUUUCCGACCAUAAACUCUUAGGGAAUUCGUAGGUGGGAAGAGAGUUGAAUAAUAUCGUGUCGGAUUGAGCCACCCUAGGCUAAGGAAUUGCGUACUGUUUUGUCUCCUUCAUACCUGAUCUGAUCCCAGGUGUUGACUUAGAGUUCAUCGACGGGCAGAGCGGGUGAUCGGUACAGUCAUAUCUGUGUAGUUAUAUUCCUAUCCGCUAUGGCUCGUGGUCAACAGAAAGCAGAAUCGCAAAGAAAGAAUGCUCUAAAGAAAGCUAAGGACGCCCAUAAGGGUAGCCAAUUGGCCGGUCAAAAGGCAGCUCUCAAGAUGACAUGCCCUCAAUGCAAGUUACAAAUGACCAACUAUAAAGUCCUAACGCAACACUUUGAGUCAAAGCAUCCUAAGGAGAGUUGCCCUCCGGAGAGCUCCUUCACGGCCUAAGCCCUUGUACAGUACUACUAUUAUUGUUACUGCUA